AUGGAAUCGCCAGAAAACCUGUCCGGUCAGGCGGUCGGUGGUGAGCAGGAUGCGACCCAAACCUCUGUGGACAUGGACACCGCAGUGCUGCUACUGGGAGCGGGAGUAACAGCCGUCACACAUCCACUGUUAUAUGUGAAGCUGCUAAUCCAGGUGGGACAUGAACCUCUUCCCCCAACUGUGGGAACAACUAUGUUUGGAAGAAGAGUCUUAUACUUGCCUGGCUUCUUCUCCUAUGCACAGCACAUUGUGAAGGUGGAUGGAAAGAGGGGGCUCUUCCGUGGCCUCUCACCUCGUAUUGUAUCCAGUGCCAUCUCCACCGUGGUCAGAGGCAAAGUUAAACAGCAGGUGGAGCUUCUGUCUAAGAGAGAUGACCUGCAGACUUCACUCAGGAAAGUGGUCAAGGAGACCACACAUGAGAUGAUCAUCCAGUGCCUGUCCAGAGUAGCCACUCAUCCUUUCCAUGUUAUGUCAGUGCGUUGUAUGGCCCAGUUUGUCGGCAGAGAGGCUAAGUAUGGUGGGCUCUUCAGUUGUAUGAUCAAGAUUUUUAAGGAGGAAGGAGUUUCUGGAUUCUAUGUUGGUCUCAUACCCCAUGUGCUGGGAGAGGUCCUCUUCCUGUGGUGUUGUAACCUCCUGGCUCACUUUAUUAAUACCUAUGCUGUAGACGAAAGUUUCAGUCAGGCCUCAGCAGUAAGAAGCUACACUAAGUUUGUGAUGGGCAUUGCAAUAAGUGUUCUGACAUAUCCGUUCAUGCUGGUGGCUGAUCUAAUGGCAGUCAACAACUGUGGCCUGGCUGCAGGUCUUCCUCCUCGCUCUCCCAUCUUUACGUCCUGGCUGCACUGCUGGAAUCACCUGAGUCACAAGGGUCACCUCUUCAGAGGAUCCAGCUUCUUUUUCCGUCGGGUGCCUGUGACCUCCUUGCCCUCCAUCGAGGACUGACAACGUCAUCAUCGCCUGCUGGGGACGUUCGCCGUCCUCCUGCUCAGAAACCUAUUCCAAAGAGACCCCCUCCCUCCCCCCCAACCAUCCCACCCCUUCCCCUCCAGCCUGUCAGCCUCUCUCCGCUGGUGGCAUCCAGAUGUAGCAGGAGAGCAGCAGAGACCCAGCUCAUGGAGUGCCAACGGACUUUUCGUUACAGGAGCUUACGUUGAGUUCAGUGCGGGUGAGGACACAUCCACGGUGCAGCGCUUCUGCUCUUGACUGCCAAGUGUGUCAGUACACUACAACUCUGAUUUCAUGUCUUCCUCUCCAUAGCAACAGCUGCUGAGGCUCAUGGGUACUGCAGUAAAGUCUGAUCUCUAAGUGGAAGAACAGCUGAUGCUCAGAGCAUGGAUUCCUACAGACCUCACUGACCUUACUCAGCUGAUAUGAUGAUAAUAAUGUGAUGAUAAUAAUAUGAUAGGGAAUAAUCAGCCUGUCACACAGUAAUCAGUGUUACAAGCUGCGCUGUGCAGUGUGAUAGUGAUAGUGUAAUUAAACUAGGUGAGUCUCCACUGUGACUCAGACACAGAAACACAAACAGCAGCUCGUUCUGUGUUACACAGAGAGACGAGCAGCUGAUCCCAGAGCAGUGCACACAGAGCUGAUCUGUUUAAUGUCACUGUGUAAACAGCGGUGGAUGUUUGUCACUGUAGCAGGAAGCUCUGUCCGUCGGUCACACUUAGGUUAAAGAACCGCUCAGAUAUUUGACCAGUGAUCCGGAAUCUGUGCCUGAGUUCUGCCCUGAAAACAAAACACCAACCAACUUUAUAUAAGAGGGAAUAUCAGAGUCUGAUACACAUGGUUUUAUCAUCCUUAUUUAACAUUAUUCUCAGUUUGUCCAACAGACUCAUGUCCUGAACUGUUUCACAUCUAAAAAAAAUGUUCUCAGGAAAAAAAAAGAAGCUUCUGCUCAUAGUGUUUUUACUUCUGAUAAAACCAUUGUAAUGUCGUAGUGUUUGCUAAAGAAGAAUCUAUCUGAUUCCGAUGGAAAUACCUCCCCCAGCAUCGCUCUGAUAAACACACGACAACCAGUCAAACAAGUAUUAACAAAAUAAAUCAUCCUUCAUGUAUUAAACCUCUCUGACCCCACUCCACUUCCUCCCAUCAGCCUGUCAUUACCAGUCAUUAACGUCCCACCCACACCAUCCUGAGUGUCAGUCAGAUGCAGCCGCUGGAGGCUCAGAUUGAUCAGGAUACACUGACCUGAAAAGGCUUCGUUCUUUCUCUGCAAUUCAGAACUUUUUUUUAAAGUUUAAAGUCAAUGAUUCCAAAAAAAAAAAAAACAUGGGAAAAAAUAAUUAUAAA